AAUCCGGCAGCGCUAAGGCGGAAGUAGGUACGUGGCCGGACCAGCUGACGUUUCUGCACGAUGGCGACUGAGGUUCAGAGCGGCGACCUCAACGGUGGAAAUGCGAGCCGUCUCGAAGUUUCUAUCGACGGCUUGACUCUCAGCCCGGAUUCGGAGGGAGAAGCGGAUCACGCGGACGCGCUCGGGCCGCACACAGACGAGCACAGGGCCGAGGAGCCGAGUGCCACCGGCCGGGACGACGGGGAGCAAAAUGCCGAGAAUUCCGUGGAGAGGAUAUGGGGCUUUCCUUUAGUGGAGCUCUACGGCCUGGCUCUCAGAUUCUUUAAAGAAAAAGAUGGAAAGGCCUUCCACCCAACAUAUGAAGAGAAGCUGCGUCUGGUGGCUCUCCAUAAGCAGGUAUCUCAGGGGCCCUACAAUCCAGACGCCUCCCCUGAAGUGGGCUUCUUCGAUGUGCUGGGAAAUGACCGCAGGAAAGAAUGGGCAGCGUUGGGGAACAUUGGGAAGGACGAGGCCAUGGUGGAAUUUGUCAAGCUGUUAAAUAAAUGCUGUACUUUAUUUGCGCCGUUUGUCGCAUCUCACAAAAUUGAAAAAGAGGAGCAAGAGAGGAAGAGGAGGGAGGAAGAGGAGCAACAGCGUCGAGAGGAAGAGGAACGGGAGCGUCAGUUGCAGGAGGAGGAGCGGCGCCGGAGGGAGGAGGAGGAGAGACUAAGGAGAGAAGAGGAACAAAGGAGGCAGGCUGAGGAGGAGAGACUUCGUGUGGAGCAGCAGAAGCAGCAGAUCAUGGCUGCGUUAAAUGCGCAAACAGCCGUGCAGUUUCAGCAGUAUGCAGCGCAGCAGUACCCGGACAGUCCCGAGCAGCAGCUCAUUCUCAUCAGGCAGCUGCAGGAACAGCACUACCAGCAGUACAUGCAGCAGCUCUACCAGGUGCAGCUGGCCCAGCAGCAGGCAGCCCUACAGAAGCAGCAGGAGGACGCUAUAGUUCUCUCUAAAUUAGAGGCCAGCGAGACGUCGGCGUCCCCCAUCGGUGAGGAGGCUCCCACAGUGAAUGGCCAGGCAGAGUCGUCCACUGACAGUGUAGAUAGAGAGCCAGAGCUGGAGCCUGCAGAGGAGGUCACUGAGAACGGCCCAACAGACUCUCCCCCAGUGAUAGCAGCCCCCUCUAUGUGGACGCGGCCGCAGAUCAAAGACUUUAAGGAGAAGAUUCGCCAGGACGUGGACUCCGUGAUCACGGUAGGCCGAGGGGAAGUGGUUACAGUCAGGGUCCCCACCCAUGAGGAGGGCUCCUAUCUCUUCUGGGAAUUUGCCACAGACCACUAUGACAUUGGGUUUGGUGUCUUCUUCGAAUGGACUGACUCCACCAACGCCUCGGUCAGCGUGCACGUCAGUGAGUCCAGCGACGAAGAUGAGGAUGAGGAUGAGCCUCAAAGUGAGGAGGAAAAGGCCAAGAAGGAGGCAGGGAAGCCUCAGGUGGAUGAGAUCGUGCCGGUUUACCGGCGGGACUGCCAUGAGGAGGUGUACGCAGGGAGUCACCAGUACCCCGGCCGUGGCAUCUACCUACUCAAAUUUGACAACUCGUACUCCCUCUGGAGGUCGAAGAGUGUCUAUUACAGAGUCUACUACACCAGAUAAGCCUGGGGUCAAGACUGUGGCGCAAGAUUGUGUGUGUGUGUGUGUGUGUGUGUGUGUGUGUGUGUGUGUGUGUGUGUGUGUGCGCGUGCGCGCGUGUGUGCGUGAGUGUGCAUGGGGAGUGUCUCAUGCUGUUCGAAUUUAGGAGGAUUGGCCUCUGAUGUAUUCGUGCCACCUCUGUUUUGCACUCUGAAAGGCGUGCUCUAGGAUUCUGUGCUUGUUGAUAGUAUUGUCUUCUGUUCACAGUGUGAUUUCUCCUCAGCCUCCAUGUCCUUAUGUCAUCCAAAGAGGUGCUUUGGCCACUAAGAGAGCUCUAUAUGUUCAGUGAAAUUGACUGAUUUAUUUGAUAUGUUCAGGUGAAGAGUCUAGGAAGUAUGAGUAAAAAGUAGGGAAGUCUUGCGUGGGGAAUAAUUAAAGCUGCUUUUCUGCCUUUUUUUUUUUUUUUUUUUUUUUUUUUGGCGCCUGGACCCAGUGCUUUUAUUUCCAUUACAUUAUUUCCUAGAAAGAUCCUUUCUGGAACCUGUUUAUUAAAGCUGAAUUGGCCCCAUGGCCGUUUGUUUUUGAAUAUUCAUCACUGCAUAGUAUUUUUCAGAAGCAAGCCCGUCAUCUUAUCAGUGAAAGUCUGUCUCAGUGUCUUCUUUUUUUAUACUUGUGCAUAUUCAUGGCUAUUCAUGUACUACAUUACUGAAAAUGUAAAUAACGGCUGAUGAUGGUGGUGGUGGUGAUGAUGAUUGCAUCUUGAUUAGUUACCAAACACUGGCAAUAAAAAGACGGGCCUGUAGUUCAAUUCCAGGAAAAAAUACAGCUGUGCAAAAAAUAUUAGGUAAUUAUUAAUAUUAGUUAAUUAGUUAAAAAUAUUAGUGCAAUACCUUGAUAACAGCCAUGGAACAAAUUCUCUUGCAGUUUAUUAUCCAAAAGGAAUUCGUCCUGGAGAGCACUUAGACAUUGGACAUAUCAGUAGCGUACUAUAUAAGCAGGCAUGUCGCUAAGUGGUAAUGUAACAGUUAAUUUCUAAGAAUAGUGCUCGACUAGAAACCACACCUCCUCUCUCUUUUUAUUGGUUGCUCUUCUUUUAAGUUAAUUUCUAUUAACUUAAUCAUUCUCUGUUGUUUGUGGUUGUUAUCAGUUGAAGACAUUGUUCAUAUGCUGAUUUUUUAAAAAAAUUUUUUUUGCUGUUAUUAUACCUCUAUACAGGCUAAUUGAAAUUGUAAUGAUAUUUUAGCAAUAUUUAACACAUCAUCAUAAUCAUCAUCAGCAGCAUCAUUAUUGUGUGAACAGAAUAAGUGAACAAGCAGCUUGUUUUCAUGGAAAUAAAUGUAAUCUGGCUUUCCUAGACACUGGUCCAGGUGGUUGUAGAAUAGCAGCACUUCCUCUUUUAGGUGACCACUGGAAUAUCCGCCAGCUGUCUACAUCUGUACAUCUGUACAUCUGUAAUAGUAAUAGUGCAUCAUAAAUCAGCGUGUAGUACAGGUUUGAUCCAGCAACAUGUGCAAGCGGGGGCUGCCGGGACAAAAGAAACCAGUAAUACAUGACUUUUCUACUGACAGAAUGGUAGGGAUGAUGAAUUUCAGGAAUAAACUGGUGGAGACCUUGCAAGGAAGAGAUUUGUUUUGUUUUGCAGAAAUUUGCUAAAGUGGUUGGACUGUGUGUAAAGCAUUUAAUAAAUAUUUAUUUAUCCGCCUAGUAGAUUAGGGUCCUUGAUGUCUCUGUCAUAUUACAUAUAACUUAUCUCCCAACUGUUCACUCUUCUGCUUCUGAAUGAGCUUCUCAUCUCUCGCCUGAACUAGUCACCGUCAUUUAGUUUUUUUUUUUUUGUUUUUGUUUUUUUUCGGAUUUUGGGUUCUGGAAGUACUGACUUUUUCCUAUCGUGGCAUAACUCGCUGUUUAAACUCUUCUUGGCUUUUUGGUCUGUGGCUGUUACAUUUUUAUGUACGUAGUUAUAGAAAGCCACAUUAAAACACAAAUAGUAAGUAAGUUCAUGGUCUUACAUGUUACACGAACACUUCAUUAUCUUUAUUACAAACUAACUGUCUUGUGUGUUUUUUUUCAUAUUACUGUGGCUGCCAGACUAAUUACCAAAAGCAAUGGCUGAAUCUGUGAGCGCUUUGACUGUUUCUGCUUUUUAUUGGUUGCUGGCAGUUUUGAAAAGCAUUUACAGUGAGCAAUGCUGUGAACUCAACCAUUAUGUGCUCUGUUCUGGCUGUCAUUUAAAAAAGGCUUCUUUAACACUCUAAAAUAUUCAUCACUGGUUGUUUGAUGACCUUACUAUAACAAGUACAGCUGAAAUAUGAUUAAAAAAUUUUUUUUUUAUUUUAUUUUUUUUAUUUAAAUUUCCCCUAAAUGGUUUAGCAUGUGACCAUGUGCACAGUGCUGUCCAGAGCAGUGAUGAUGAGAGCCUGACACCCAGUAGCAGCCCAACACCAUCAUUACAGUUAACAGUAAAAUGUGUACAUAUGUGUUUUUUUCAUAAUUUUUCCCUUGUGUUUUAUUUUCCAUGUGUUAAUAAUGCUAAGUCAGGCCUUUGUAAAGUGGAAUGUAACCGAGGGCUUGAUCUAGGACUAAGGACUUGUGAUGAAAAGAUGGAAAUGUGGUGAAUAUCAUAUUGUACAUUUCUCCCAUUUGCAAAGUGAAAAUCAAUGUAAAUUUCAUACUAUGAACACAUGAAGUAACUUGAAAGUUUUUUUUUUUUUUUGCAUUGAUUUGACAGGAAUGAGUUCAGGGAUCACUUUCCCUGAGAAUUAUAUUUAAUCCUGAUUAAACCCAAGUUCACCUGUACCUUUCUGACUGUGAUUAAUGCAUUUGGUGUGUUCUUGCAUUUGGAUGUUUUCCAUGUACUUCAGUUAUCUCUUUUUUUUUUUUUUUUUUUUUUUUUUUUUUUUUUUUUUAAAAGCACAAAUCAGAUUUACAAACAUUGCCCCUGUAUAAAAUCUGUUUUUUAUGGUGGAUAUUCAUUCAUUAUUUCUACGGUACAUUAGUAACAUUGCAAAUAAUUAUUGCAGAUUAGAUGCAACUUCAUUGUCAUUGAGCAGAGUACAAGUACAAAGCUGAUGAAAUGCAGUGAGUGUCUAACCAGAAGUGCAAAACAGCAAGUAGCAUUAAGUGUGAAGUGAAAAGAAACAAUGAGUUAAGGUGGCAGUAAAGUGCAAAUGGCAUGGAGUCAACAGUGCAAAAUAAAUAAAGGCAUGAAAAGCA